AAAAAGUUUUUAAAUCUGUAACAAAGUCUAUUCACCCCCUCUAGACUUUGUAUCUCACCACUUUGGGACCACCAAUUGGUAUCAGAGCAAACUUCUCACUAUCUACGUUUAGAUUAACGAGAAGCGAUCAUAAUGGUGAACGAUAUGGAUCACGGUUUGCCCAAGUUUUCUCUUCUAGGUUAUGAUGAUUGGAAGAUCAUGAUGGAAGCACACCUCUACGCUCUACAUGAUUGCAUGUGGAUGGUGCUUGAGGAUGGACCCUUGAAAAUCCAAAUGGAGAAUCCUGAGAGGAAUCUAGCAACUCCAGAUGUAGUCCAGUACAUUCCAAAGCCCAAGGAAAAAUGGGAUGAUAGAGAUUGCAAAAAGCACAAUCUGGACAAUGUCGCCAAAGCAGCCAUCUUCAAGACACUUGAUCCCAUCACCUUCUCCAAAAUCAAACAUCUCAAGACUGCCAUGGAGAUAUGGCAAGGUCUUGGGAAGCUAUGUGAGGGAUCAGAGGACCUGAGAAAGCAGAAGAUAGAAGUCCUGCUUGAAAAGUUUAAAAGCUUCAAAAUGCUUCCCGGAGAAUCAUUUGAUAUGUUGGAUGAAAGAUUCCACAAGAUAUUGAAUGAUCUUGCAUCACUUAACCACGUUCUUUCUCCCAAAGAAAAGAAUGUAAGGUUGCUGAGAUCACUUCAAACUGAGUGGUACACCAAAGCCACAGCCAUGGAAGAAGGAAGAAACCUGGAGAACUACACUGUCCAAGGUCUCCUUGACGAGCUCAGAACCUAUGAGCACGAGCUGAAGAAGAAGAAGGAAGAACAAGUCACUCCCUUCCCCACGGCAUUGAUGACAACUCCAAGAGUCCCAUCAAGUGAAGGGACAUGCCCAAGAAGCUGUGACACACCUUCCUCCAGCCAGCCGCCAAGCUCAAAAAUGGAGAACUACGAUGAGGAAUUUGCCAUGAUGGUCAAGCAAUUCCGGAAGUUCAAGAAGUUUUUCAAGAAGGCUGAUUCAAUCAGAAGGCCAACCAAGGGAAAGCCACAAGUAAGUGACUCCCCUCCUGAAUCUUAUUUAUGUUAUAACUGCAGAAAGCCUGGCCACUGGAAGUCAGCAUGCCCGUACCCAAAGGUGGAGAAGUACGGAGAAAGAGAAAGGAACGAGAAGAAAACGAAGGCAAUGGUUGCUGCUGAAAGCGAUGAAUCAUCCAGCUCAAGCUCGGAUGAAGAAGCCCUCGUUUGCAUGGAGCGCAGAGCUGAGAAGUCCAACCAUGAGGACAGGUGGACUAUGUCAGAAGAUGACACUCUCUGCCUAAUGGCCAAAGAUGAUGCUGAUCAAGAGUUCAAGAAGAUGAUGGAAGAUUUUGAGGAAAUAAAUCUCAAACACUCAUCCUUAACAGAAGAGAACAAGUUGUUAAGUGAAGAGCAUCUCAAGUUGACUGAAGGGAUACUUAAGUCCAAAGAAGCAGUGGAUAAGCUUCUUGAAUCGACCAAACAUAAGGGUCGUGAAGGACUUGGGUCUGACCCCUCCAGUUCCAAAAGGAAAGGGAGAACAACUUUCAUCCCUCCUAAACCUACUGCCAAACCAAAUAAGCAGAAAGGAAAGGAAAAGGAGAAACCAACAGAAGUUCCCAAAAAGGAAGCCGCUAAGUACCCAGGUGUCUGGUACUUAGACAGUGGCUGUUCAAGACACAUGACGGGUGAUGCGAGCCUUUUGAGCAAUCUAAUUCCCUUUGAUGGUCCAAGAGUUACUUUUGGAGGAAGCUAUGAUUUUAGCCUUACUAAAGGGCUAGGAAAUCUGGUGUACAAGGGACUAACCAUCCAAGCUGUAUCUUAUGUAGAAGGUCUCAAUUAUAACCUUCUUAGCAUAAGUCAGUUUUGUGAUAAAGGUUACUCCUUGGAAUUCUGCAAGGACACGGCAUCUCUCAAGAACAUCUCCACAAAUGAAGUUAUUCUCACUGGGAAGAGAAUCAGAAACAUCUAUGAAGUAAUGUGGGACAAUGUCAAGGAAGCAUGUCUAAUCAGCAAAGGUGACACUAACCUUCUAUGGCUUUGGCAUAAGAGGUUGAGUCAUCUCAACUUCAAAACUCUCAACAAGCUGUCCAAAGAAGGGUUAGUAGAAGGUCUUCCCAAAGCUGUAUUCAGAAAGGAAAGCAUUUGUGAUGCUUGUCAGAAAGGAAAGCAAGUCAAGUCCACUUUCAAGGCAAAACCGGCACCCUCAACUACAAGGAUAUUAAGUCUUAUUCACAUGGACUUAUUUAGCCCUGUUACACCAAUAAGUCUAAGUGGAAAGAAAUAUGUCCUGGUUGUCGGUGCAAAUGUCCACUUCCAGAAGUUAGAAGCCAAGUGCUCUUCACAGACAUUCUUUGAAAGCUAUCUGGAGAUGAUAGCCGCUCAAGAACUCUCCGAAGUUCUUCAAAUGGAGAUUCGCCUCAAAUUUGAGGAAGAAGUUCUUGAAUUCUACAGAAAUGGAGAAGUCAGGACUGCUCAUUCAAAGAAGGACCCACAGAGGACGUUUCUAGUCAUCAAGUCCACUGUUGGAGUCAAAAAUCUGGACUGGAACAUCAUUGGAAUCUCUGGGCAAAUUCCUUCUGGCCCGGCGAAGAAAGCAGAUCUAAACAACGAUUACAAGUUGGUUUUUGAACUGGUCAUCGCUUGCCUCGAGUGUGGAAGUGGAGGUCAUGCCGAUGACAUCACCCAGGAGAGAGCCUUCAUCAUCAACUCUCUCAUUACCAAAACUAAGGUAAACUGGGCUGCACACUUUUUCAAAUCCAUUUCAAAACAUCUAGGAAAGCACAAUCAGAAGUAUCUCUGUCAAGGUCUGUAUAUUGGACGUAUUUUGGAAUCUAUGGGCGCUGCAGUUAAAGGGAAAAAGUAUGAAGCCAGAUACUGGCUAUACUACUUAUCCUCCAAAGGAGAAAACAGAGCUAGUACUAGUGCCACUGCAGAAGAAAGCUCAUCAGACAAUGUUCCACUCAUCAAUUUGGCAAAGACUGCCAAGAGAAAGCAUGUGGUGUCUCCCUCUCCAAGUGUUGAAGCACCACAGAACCUUGCUUUGAUCUGUUUGGAAGAGGAAGAAGAAGUCUCUGACCAUGGAGAACUUCAAAGGAAGAAGAAGAGGAAGAUCAACUCUCCAUCAACAUCUGGAAAUGUCAAUCCGGAUGAGUUGAAGGAGAAGGAACCUGUUGAGGAAACCUCUGCCCAAAACCGGAGCCCUCAACAACUUGAAGAAGAAACUCCUCAACUCUACUAUGAUUGGAAAGCCUGGAAAGUUGGAAAUUCAGCAGAGCAAGUGUUGAAUUGGGACCAACAACUGAAGAAUGAGAAGAUCAUCAAGAAGUGCUUAGGAAUACCAGUCAACCACACCUGUGAACAAAUUUUGGAUUACUACUGGGUAUGGCAAAGGAACCCUGAAGACUUGCAUCUGGAAUACGUGGCCAACACACCAGUUUCAGACUUUGAAGCAGAUGAUGAAGAUCCUGCAGUCUUCAAGCCAGUCUUCUCAAAAGGCAUAGAAGAUCAAGUGGUUCUCACUUCUGAAGCACAAGGUGUUUUGGAAGCAGCAGGUGAAGAUUUCCAAACACUUCCGGAAACCUCACAUGCUUCUGAAAUGGUUCUAACUGAAGAGAAGGCAACCUCUCCCCUACUAGAACAGAACCACAAAACAGCAGAAGAAGAAGAAUUUCAGCAACUGGGUCAAUCUCAAAUUCUUGAGAUUCUCACAACUGCAUGUGAGAUCUCCAAUCCUAGAGAAAUUGAGAUCCCGGAGAAGUCAGCAGAAAUUCCGGAACAGUCAGCUCUCCCAGAAACAAUGGAGCAAGCUGUUGAAGCGCAAAGGAAUUCUGGAGAAGCUGAAAAGGAAACUCAAAUGGCAGAACUAGAGGUCUCUCAAACUCCAGUAGCCAUUUUUGAAGAACAGAAUUCAGCUGAAGAAAGAGACUCCCUCUCUAGGGAUAUAUCAAAUUUUGUGUUUGAUGCAGCAGAAGGAGAGUCUGAAAGAACACUGAAGGUUACUGAUGAAGAAGAUGUACAAGAAGAUGCUGAAUCUCUUCCUAUGCAACUCUUUCAAAGAACACCAUCCUCUCAUCAGGUAACCAAUUUUCAUUUUCAUAGCUCUUCCACCCCUACACUUCCGGGUAUUGUACCAGAAAUCUGGACAAAGAAGGUCCAAGGGCUGAUUGAAUCAGCCCUAGAAUCUCAACAUGCCUCCUUUAGGCAAGAGAUAGAGCAAAUGGAAGUCAGGUACACCCAGCUUAUAGAUAAAUCUGAAGAGAAACACAGCGCAGAUCUCAAAGAAAUAAGCAAAUCAGUGCACAAGAAUCUGGAGAUUAUCUCUCUAUUGAGUGAAACUGUGAGCAACACGAUGGAAAUAUAUGCCUCUGACAGUCAACUUCAACUCAAAGAGAUCAACAACGUCAAGGAGCAAAUAGCGAGUGUCACAGUUGGUCUCCAAAAACAGAUGUCCCUUCUCCAAAUGGACAUCAGAUCAGCCCUAGCAGUAGCUUUUGCAAAUCAGGUAGUGACCAAAGACUACUUGAAGGUGAUCAUUGACAAUCAAAAGGAAGCAUACAAGCUGUUCAGACUUAUUGGCGCAAAUUCUGGAAACCACAAGAUGGAAGUGAUUCUCCAACAACACAGUCCAUCUCCAAUACCACAGCUCCCUAUUGCAGUCAAAGAAGGAGAAGCAUCUUAUAUUCCUUCUCAUCUGAACAUGACAAAUCUAAUCCUUGAAGCACAGCAAAGAAAUCCGGAAAACUCAGCACAGCAUCUAUCCAGCUCAGGACUGGAUGGAACAGAAUUUAUAGGUACAGUUGUUGAUCACUUCUCAAAUGAUGCUCAAUCAGAAGAAAGACGCAACAACCUAAGGCGCAUCAAAGAGCUAUGUGGAAACUUGAAGGGCAUGAGUGAGGUUGCCGGAUCUUCAAAGCGCAAGAGAAACUGAAGGUUCUUUUCAUCAAACCAGGGGGAAAGUAUGUGAAUACAUUAAUUUGUUUUGAUGAAAACACCUUCUUGUUUAAACAUUGCUUGAUCGGUUUAAACAUUGCAACAUUGCUUCAACAAUUUUCUUAAUUGUGCUUAUUAUGCUUGAUUAUGCUUAUCUCAAGUAUGAUUUUAAAAUUUUUUUUCUGAAGCGCAUACAUUCAGGGGG